CAUUUUGUUUUAUUUGUGUUGAUAGGAGCUGAGUCCCCGAUGUUCUCUCUCGACGGUGACGUGUCCUGCCAAAGAACGGUGCCCAGGUCUAAAUGGAAUGGUCCGAACUUGAGAAGGGACCCCCAAAGAUGACGCUUGUCCAAAAAGGACACGACUGCAGAAUCCUAAGACCCAUUUAGGAUGGUGCGGGUAGUAUUUCUGCAUCCUGACCUCGGUAUAGGUGGAGCAGAACGUCUAGUUGUCGAUGCUGCUGUUGCCCUUAAGUCUAAGGGAUGUAAUGUCCAGAUCUGGACUGCUCACUAUGACCCGAACCACUGUUUCUCUGAGACCCUUGACCCAGACCUACCCGUGGUUUGUGUGGGGGACUGGCUGCCCACCAAUGUUUUUGGUUACCUCCAUGCCGUAUGUGCUUACAUGAGGAUGAUCUACGUGGCUGUCUAUUUGGUUUUCCUCAGCGGGCUGGAGUAUGAUGUCGUUUUUUGUGAUCAGGUGUCAGUGUGUAUUCCAGUGCUGAGGCUGUCUCGUCACAGAAAAAAGGUUUUAUUCUACUGUCACUUCCCGGACCAGCUGCUGACGCAAAGGAAAUCAGCCCUCAAGAAACUUUACCGUGCUCCCAUUGACUUCCUGGAGGAGCGUACCACUGGCAUGGCUGAUAUGAUUCUGGUAAACAGCCAGUUCACCGCGGGAGUCUUCAGGGAGACCUUUCAGAGUCUCACAGGGGUCCAGACAGAUGUCCUCUAUCCCUCCCUGAACACGCGCACAUUUGACCAGCCGCCCACUGAAGCGCAAGGCCUGUGGGGGCUGAUCCCUGAGGGAACCUCCCACCUGUUCCUCUCUCUCAACCGAUACGAGCGAAAGAAGAACCUAGGCCUGGCCCUGCGAGCCCUGGCGGCGCUGAGGAGCAUGCUCCCUCCGGGCCGAAGAGCGGGCGUUCACCUGGUGGUGGCGGGCGGCUACGACGACCGAGUCAGCGAGAACGUGGAGCACUACGCCGAGCUGAAAGCGCUGGCAUCGCAGCUCCACUUGGAGGACUUUGUGACUUUCUUACGCUCCCCCUCGGACUCCGUCAAGGUGGCACUGCUGCGGGGCAGCCAUGCGGUGCUGUACACGCCGAGCAGGGAACAUUUCGGGAUCGUUCCCGUCGAGGCCAUGUACUGCUGCUGCCCUGUUAUCGCCGUGAACUCCGGGGGGCCCCUGGAGAGCGUGGCGGACGGCGAGACCGGCUUCCUGUGUGAGCCCACGGCGGAGGCCUUCUCUAAGGCCAUGGAGAGGCUGAUCGUGGAGACGCAGCUCCGCAGGGACAUGGGACAAGCUGGCAGGAAGAGGGUGCAAGAUAAGUUCUCUCUUCAGGCCUUCUCAGAGCAGCUGUAUAGACACGUCGUCGGGCUUAGCCAAUGACAAGACUGAAAUUUUUUUUUCUUUGUAUGUUUUGGGAAAUGGGGACCUGACUGUUUCUGCGGUGAACUACGAGGCGGUCGCGGUAUUACAAAGAUUUAAGAAGACAAUUAAUCAGCGUUGCUGAGAAACAGCAUUCUAUGCCAAUUAUGAGGAAAAUAAGUGUUUCCAUAAUAGGCUGGUCUGUGUAUUUGUCGCAGUGUGGCAACCAAAAAAUAUUGAUUCAUUCAGUGAAAUGUUUCUUCCCCUUUUUGGCCAUCUUUAUUAGCGGAGGAACGCAGUUAUCAUCAGGCAGUACACGCAGUCCUAAAUCAAUAAACAGGAUGCUUUCUUCCA